AGCAGCAAUAUCUGAAACCAAAGGUCUCCAUCGGACUAUUCCAGUCUUGUCACAUCCCACUGGGACAUUUAUCUGCCUCCACACUCUCUCUCUGUCAGUCUGUCCAUACAAAGCCAAGGACGUCAAAUGGGUGUGUUAGCAGGCCUGUACAGGAUGAAGGGCAGCUUCCUGCUACUCUGUCUGGUGAGCUUUUUCCCUGGAGCUCAAAGUGGAGACCAAAUGCCGAGCAUAGUAACAAGCUAUGUACAAGUGAAGGAAGACACUCCAAUCAAUGAGUUUGCCUUUCAAAUAGAGACCCAAGAUCCUGACGUGCCUCCUGAUCCAUUAAAAUACUACCUAAGUGGGCCAAAAGCAAAUCUCUUCAAAGUGGAUGAGAACACAGGCAGAGUAACAAUCCGUAACAAGUUGGACCGAGAAGAUGAUGACAAAGGUGUAUUCACAAUUGAAAUAUCAAUUUCGGAUGGUAAAUAUCGAGUUUCCAAAGAAAUUCAGAUAAUAAUUUCAGAUGCCAAUGAUAACAAACCCAUAUUUCAAGAUGCACCUUACAAUGAAAAUGUUAAGGAAAACACUCCCUUGGACACAGUUUUGUUUCAAGUAUCUGCCACAGAUGCUGACUCUGGACUUGCUGCUGUUAUUAAGUACCACAUUGAUGAUGCUAGUCCAACUAAUGGGCUACAACAUUUUUCUAUCAACGAGAAUACUGGCCAAGUCAAGCUGAUUAAAAACCUGAAUUUUAAUGGUUUAAGCACUUUCUACCGGCUACGGAUAAAUGCAACUGAUGGUGGAGGACCUUCAUAUUAUAAUGUCACUGAAUUCCUGUCCAGUACUGCAUUCGCCUUCAUUACAGUUGUGGAUGUCCCAGACCUGGAUCCAUCGUUUCUGAAUACUCCUUACACAGCCAGUGUCAAUGAACACUCUAAGGUGGGCCUGCCUGUGUUUAAAGUAAGUGCAAUUGAUAAGGACACAGGCAUCAAUGAUGUCAUCACAUACAGCAUUGAGGCAACCAAUCCACCAGACCUGUUUGAGAUCUCGGCCAGUGACGGAAUCAUAUCUGUCAAAAGUGAUAUUGACCGAGAGGCUUUGUUGGACAUUGAUGCUGAAGUCAUCCUUACUGUGAAGGCAACGGAGGAAAAUCCAAGUAUCUUGGGCUUCCGCGCUAACUCAUCCACUCAGGUGAAGAUCACCAUCAAUGACAUCAAUGACAACAAGCCUAAGUUCUAUAACUGUGAUAUGGAACCCUGUGAGGAGACUAGCAUCUUCACAGCCAACAUCUUCGAGCACUCCUCCAAGAAUCUCCCUGUUGAUGGGCUGAAGAUAAAAGCAAAGGAUAUGGAUGCGAGAGAAAAUGGAAAAUUCGAACUACACCUUGAAGGACCAGACAAGAAUGCUUUCACUGUGUUGCCAUCAGUUGCCUACUCGGAAAGCGAAAUUCAGAUCUUGGUCAAGAACCCUGAUGAUGUGGAUUAUGAAAAGAGCACAUCAAUGGUUGUUCAGAUUGUUGCCAAAGAUCCCAACAAAGAAACGAACUGCUGCUCCACAGCAACAGUCACCAUCCAGAUCAAAGACAUAAAUGACUGGAGCCCCAAGUUCCCCGAAGCAACGUACCACUUAGAGAUUAAUGAACACAGUGCGAAUGGAACUACAGUGGCCACCAUCAUAGCAUUCGAUCCUGACACUAUGGACGUUGGCAAAAUCAGAUACAGACUUCUUCCAGACAACAUACUGAAGUACUUUGAUGUGGACCCAACGACAGGGAGGGUGUUUGUGGCAAACAGCAAACUGAUUGACCGCGAGGUCAUGGAUCUGCAUUCACCAACUCUACAAGCCCGAGACAUGGCUAACAACACUGGCACCACUGUGUUGAUGAUCAAGUUGAAAGACAUCAAUGACCACAAACCCAAGUUCAACAAAGACUACGUUGAGUAUAUCGAAGAGAACUCUUCCCUGAGGAUUCAUGUGCAGGCUACUGACCAAGAUGAACCACCUAACAGUGACAUUGUGUAUGGAAUAGAGAAAAGUCACUACAGUGACAACUUCACCAUUGACCCCACCUCAGGCUGGCUGCAGAACAAAGGCCCAAUCGACCGAGAGUCCAUGCGCACCGAGGAUCAUGGGAAGAUUAAUUUAACCGUGAAGGCAACUGACGGGGGAGAAAUACCAGAAUCCGACUCAGUGUCAGUCAUCAUCAAUGUGGAUGAUAUUAAUGACAACGGCCCAAAGUUUAGAAAGGAUUCUUACAAGUUCUCAGUGGAGGAAGGAAAGAAAGCCGAGUUUGUGGGCUCCGUCCGGGCAGUGGAUUCAGAUCAGACCAACAACUACAACCGCAUCUCCUUCAGAAUUUCCAGUGGAAGCUUUGGACAAUUCAUCAUUCAAACUUUUAUCGACCAACCAGAGGGUUAUAUUGGCAAUAUCACAGUAGACCCUGACAUUGAGCUUGACUAUGAAAGCACUACCAAAACCUUUCACCUGACAGUUGAGGCCAUGGACUUGGGAACAGGUGUGGACUCUGUAAGAGUGGAGGUGAACGUGUUAGAUGUGAAUGAUGAGAGGCCCAAAUUCAUUCAGAAAGGCCCGUUCUUUGUGGAUGAGAACAGCAAUAUAGUGGACGUGGGGUCAUUUGAUGCCCAGGAUCUGGAUACGAAUCAUUCUCUUAUCUACGAGUUGGUGUCCAGUAAGUGUCGCUGCAAUGAAUCCCUGGGGUUGCAGCCCUGCGAAGAGGACUGGUUCACCCUGGAGCCCAAUGGAAAAAUCUUGCUUAACAGGGAGUUUGUGGUUGACUAUGAGAAGUGUGUCGAAGUUGUGCUGGAGGCACAAGUGGUGGACGUGUUAACACAGAAAGGCGAGAACAACAGUGAAACAACAGGCACCGUCGUGAUCUACAUAAACGACGUGAAUGACAAUCCACCUGUAUUUGAAAAGACAGAUAACUUUUAUGUAGUGGUAUCAGAGACGGCCUCUGUAGGCUCAGAGAUUGCUAGUGUUUCUGCUACAGACCGCGAUUCUGGGAGAAACAGACACAUGACAUUUUCAAUAGCUGCAGUAAAUUUCGUGGAUGAUGUCACCAACAUUACAUCCAAUAAAGAGCUUGUGUUUAAAGUUGUCAGCACUCAGGAAGAUGAUAAAUUCGUUGGAAAGAUUCAGAACAAUGAAGCGCUAAAUAUUGACGUUAAAGGAAAGUAUCUAGUGACAGUUGUGGCAAGAAACACUGAAAUGCCCAACCUAUUCUCGGAAACCAAACUCGAGAUCUUAACAGUGGACAAGAGCUUAAAGGUUGAACUUCUAUUUUCAAAACCAGAGGCCCAAGUUAAAGCAGAAGCGAGCUUGAUCACAAUGCUUCUUACUUCAGCGACUCAGUCAAAGGUAGAAGUUGUUAAGAUUAGGUCAAAAUCAGGAUCUUCGGAAACCAGGGCAUCUACUGAGGCGAUCAUGGAGGUGUACUUUGUAUAUGCCAAUGGAACUGCCCUCAACUCUGACAGUGCUGAGAUCAUUCUGUCUAACAGUAAAGAACGGUUCAGACUGCAAACUGAAUAUGGCCUGAAAGAUAUUGGUGGAACUGAGGUUGUGGAGAAGCAGGUGGAUCCAGUGUUGUUUGUGUUGUUGGGCCUGGUGGCAGGUCUCAUCAUCGUUCUGGCAGUCAUGUCAACCACUCUCGUCUGUACCCGCAGAAGCUACAGAACAAAGCUGAAGGCUGCUAAGGCCAUGAAUUCAGCAGCCAUGAUGGGGACUGGAGUAGACCAGAAGAAUGGUCCGGUUGUGCCUGGAACCAACAAAUACACCAUGGAUGGAGCUAAUCCUGUGCUCAACCUGAACAUGGACACAGCCACUGACCUGGGCUUUGAUGAGGAAGGAUCCAACACAGAUCGACUCAGCCUUAACUCCUUGGACUACAACAUUGACAUGGUCAUGUCUGACAAGGACAACAUGCCAAUGAUGAGGAUCCAGGAGGAAGAUGAGGUUGAGUAUGAAGAUAAACCCUAUGUCGAGCCGCUAAGUGAAGCCCUGGCCCAGCGUGGCAAGAAGAGGGACACCAACAGCCCCAAAUUAACCUUCAAUAACCCAGCAUUCAGCAGCACCACUGACCUGUAAUGGCCUCCUUGAAUCAAUGAGCUGCCGCUCCAGUUUUGGAUCAUUUACACUGAUGAGUGACAGACAUUUUGGAUCAUCAACACUGACCUUUGGCAGCCAUUUUGGAUCAAUAUGACUGACCUGUCGUACCUAUUUUGGGAUAUGAGAUACCCUAAUGAUGGAUACCAAAAUGGACCUCCUUUCCUUGAAAAGAAUACAUGCCAAAUAUUGUGAUAGAAAAUAUGGCUGUGCCAAUGAAAUCAAGUCCAAUCAAACCAUUUUUCCAAUCAAACAAUUUUGCCUGCAUUAAGGUACACCGAAAACAUGAAACUGGGAUUACAUUUCAAAAUAACAUAUUUUUUGUUGCACAAAUGAAUCACUUCAUUAUGAUGUUCUCUAAAUUUGUAAAGAUUUCAUUGAUCUGAUUUUAAAUGUACAUUCUGCUUUGUGAUGUCAUGUUUUGAUAUUAAUUUAAUUCUGUGUUUUCCAUUAUUAUAAAACUGUAAUAAUAUAUAGUAUUUUCUAGCAUAGAGCUACUGGCUGUUCAAUAGGACUCUUACUAAUAUGACCUCAAUAGUAUUUUAUUGAACAAAUGUCACUGAAAAAAAAACAACAACAAAUUAAAUAAAUAUAUAUAUAUAUAAAUGGAACAUCUCAUCGUAAGUAUACAGUUUGCAAAAAAAUCAAGACUUAAUAAUAUUUUCAUAUUUUUACUGUUGAACUGGCUCCUGGGCUGUGUGCGUGUGUGUGCGAGGACAGCUGAGACAAAGCCAAUUCAGGUGUGGGUAGGGUAACGUGGAGGUAAGUUGAAGCUGACUUUAACUUACCUACAGGGCAAAAGAAGUUGUUAUUUGCUGACAACGAUGAGUGACUCCAAUUCUUCCGAUUUUUCUUUAGCAUCCAAAGUAAGGGAAUACUGACCGCUGCCACUAACCCCUUCAGUAUUGGUACACAUCAUUUUCAAAGGAAUUUUUGGAGACAGAAACACUGGAGCUUAUUGAGAAACAAACUGUCUGUAGCCAAAUAUCUUAAUUCAUCCAUUUAAAAAACAAAUUAAGCAUGAAUUGGGGUUGUAUGUUUGUUCAUGAAUCUGUUAUACUGAUUUAAGCAGUAGUUGUUCUUUUUGCCCAGAGUCGGCUUUGAAGUGAUUGUGCAAUCAGUGUAAAUUGGCCUAUUGCAGAUGUUAUUCUGGAUUGGAUCUUUUUAAAUUAAUGUAUGUAAAAUGCAUCUUGAAAACAAAUAAUUGUAAAAGUUAACACUUUUAAAACAAUGAUAUUAAUGUACAGAAAUAUAAAUGUCUACAUUAUCUACCACAUUAAAUACUUUGAAUUGAAA